AUGAUUGCAUCUUCGAGAUCUGCUCCUAUUAAAAAAAACAAUAGUUCCAUACCAGAUGAUUCAUCACUAGAAGAACAACAUGAUUGGAAUUCCUAUUUAAUUGAAACCAACAGUGAAGCAGCAUCGGCAAGUAAUUUCAGACAAGCUUUGAAUCCCCCAGUGAACGAAUUUAGUGUGGGAGAAAAACUUGAAUCAAUCGAUCCAAGAAAUCAAGAUUCAUGGUGUAUCGGAACAAUUAUUGAAAAAGAUGGACCUCGAUUACGCAUUCGACUAGAUGGAACUGAUGAUCGAAAUGACUUUUGGCGGCUUGUCGAUUCAGCAGAUAUUCGUUGUUACGGAGCAACAACGCAAUUGGGCGGACAAAUUGUACCACCACUUGGUUUUCAACUCAAUUCUACACGAUGGGCAAAAUAUUUUGAAAAACAUGUUAAAAAUGGUCCAUUUGCUCAUCAAUCAUGUUUUAAACCGUUGCCUCCAAAACCUGAAAAAAAUCAAUUUAAAAGAGGGCAAAAAUUAGAAGCUGUGGAUCCAAAACAUCCUCAUAUCAUAUGUCCAGCAACAAUAAGUAAUAUUAUACCUGGUGAUUAUCGAAUUGUGUUAUCGCUGGAUGGAUGGAGUUCAUCAAAUAAUUUUAAAGUUGAUUAUUUGUCACGUGAUAUUUUUCCUGUGGGUUGGUGUCGAUUAGCUGGAAUUCGUAUUGCAAAAGUUGGUGGAAACCCUUAUUCUCGUACGUCAACUAAAAUGUUAGGAGCAACUCUCAACAAACAACAUGGGCAUGUUCAACAUCAACAAUCAGAAAAUAGCAAGACAACUAUUUUAUCAUCAUCAAACGAUUCAACUUAUUCUCGAACAACAAUGGAUGAGAAAAAUAAUAAUCUAACAGCUAAAAGAAAAAUAAAUGAAGUAUCAGAAAUUAAAAAAGUGCAUAAAUGUUCAACUGAUUUAAAUCAAACUGAUGAUAAUAUAAAAACCAAGCCACCGAUUGUGACUGUCUAUUUCAAUUAUGUUGGUGACAAUAGCGGAAUGUUACUAGAUCCACAAAAAUUUCGUUCAUGUAUGUUAUCUGUUUUUGGUCCCGAUAAAUGUCAUACUGUGUUGACAUCCAUAUUUGAUGCAUGCAUUAAGUGUGCAUUUCAAGAAACAUCAUUUACUAAGCGAAUACUUGAAAUUUUUCCAGCACCUAAAGACGAAGAAAAGGAUUCUUAUGUAAAAAUUAAAUUGAAAAAUGGUACAAUAGUUUAUAUUCAGCAGCUUGAGACACUAGAUGGUUUUUGGGAAGCUAUAAGUACUUUGCAAAAUAUUAUUCUAUCAGGAAACGAUCUUUUUAUUUCAACUAAACCAAUAUCAAUGAAUAAUCAAAAUUUAGGUAAUGAUUCCUCAUCAUCAUCUUUUCUUGACUCAUGGACAGUAUUUGAUAAGUCAACAAUUAAUAAUAAAAACAAAAGAAAGAGUACAGAAUUAAUUACAUAUCCAGAAAAAAAAACAUCUAUAAACAAUGGAAAAGUAGCACGAUCUAAUCUAAAUGAACGAACAAUUUAUAAUAAAAAAUCUUCAUUGACUACUCAGUCAACAUCAACAAUCAAACAACAACAACAACAACAACAAAACUUGAAUUCAAAAUCGAAUCAGAAUAAUCAUAAAUCUCGUGAUUAUGAAACAUUUACUCCAGGUGAAGUAGCAACGUUUGUUCGAAGUAUUGAUCCAUCAUUUGAUAGUCUUGCUUCAAGGUUUCUGCAAGAGGAAAUCGAUGGAAAAGCUCUUCUUCUUCUUACAACAGAUACAUUAAUGCGACACAUGGGUUUGAAACUUGGUCCAUCACUUAAAAUUGUUCAUCAUAUUGAACAAUUGAAAAAAUCUUGA